AUGAUUCCCAUUCCCAUAUCUAGGGGAGGGCUCCAGGGAUGCCAAGAAGGAAGGGGGGGGUGGCCUCCCUCGCUACGGAAGAAGGUGCGCUUUCUUGCCCCCGAGGAAGGCGGGACCCCCUCCUCGCAUAGGAGCACCUCCUUGACCCGUAGCCAGACGGUAACACCUAUGCUCAAAACGCAUCAGGUUCACCCAUCUAAGACUGGAUGGAAAACCCUGGAGCUCCAACACGCCGAGUCCGUUCAAAGGAUACGUGAUUUAUCGGGGAACAAGACGACUGCUCGACGGACAGACCUCAAAUGCAUUACCUGGACGUUUAGCCAUCAAUCCAGACAUAAGAGCUAUGGACUGGGAACGAUCCUACCUCUGAAUUACCGAGACUCGGGGGAGAUGCCUGAAACCCAGGACAUGGCCUACAUGCAACGAUUUUUCACUACAUUGCAAGCCGACACUUGGAAUUGCGGCGGCGCCAAUUGGUUUGUAUCAUCGAGUCGAUCGUCAUUUCCCAACACUAAAUACCUGUUUCACGCGAUUACUCUGGUGGUACCCUUGACUCCAUCAGAUGUUCGGCAUCUCGGAUCCAGUUCGUUGUUGAUCGGCGUCAUAAUCCCAAUGGCUUACUGUUUGAGGAAGUCUGAAGGGCUGACGUCAAGAAAUGAACGCUCAUGGGGCCGAGACUUGGUGCUACAAAUAUCCGAGCAAGUUCUUAUCCAACCUCUUGAACGGAUUGUAACGUCACUGGUCAGGGCGCCCUUACUCCGCAUCAUAUCGAUCAAUUUAUACAUGCGGCUGGCGCAUUGUCUCUUAUAG